GCUGGCAAGGCGCCGGGGCCAAUCAGCGCCGCCUCGUUCCCCCUCCCUGCCUCGAUCUAUAAAAGACGCGGCGCUGCGCCGGGCACGGAGCAACAGAAGCGUCGCCACCGCGUCCGCUCCCGAGCAGCGCCGGCCAGAUCCAGCUGGGCAGCCAGAUUGGAAGACCCUCCUGGUGAAGAACAGCCCCCGCCUGCUGCCGCCCACCAUCAUGGCUCCCACCCUCGCUACGGCCCACCGGCGUCGCUGGUGGAUGGCCUGCACAGCCGUCGUGGAGAACCUCUUCUUCUCUGCCGUCCUCCUGGGCUGGGGAUCCCUCCUGAUCAUGCUCAAGUCAGAGGGCUUCUACUCCUACCUGUGCCCCCUCCCAGAGAAUUCGACGGGGGUGGCCUUGGCGCCCAGGAAUGGGACGGCAGCCCCAGAGCUGGAAUUGGCCCGAAUGAACGGCUGGCUGAUCUGCAAGGAGCAGGAUGAGAUGCUGAACCUGGCCUUCACCGUGGGCUCCUUCCUGUUGAGCGCCAUCACCUUGCCCCUGGGCAUCGUCAUGGACAAGUAUGGGCCACGCAAGCUGAGGCUGCUGGGCAGUGCCUGCUUUGCAGUCUCCUGUGUGAUGAUCGCCUAUGGGGCCAGCAACCCGGACUCCCUGUCGGUGCUGAUCUUCAUCUCGCUGUCGCUGAACGGCUUUGGAGGGAUGUGCAUGACCUUCACGUCUCUCACACUGCCCAACAUGUUCGGGGAUCUACGCUCCACUUUCAUUGCCCUCAUGAUCGGCUCCUAUGCCUCCUCGGCGGUGACAUUUCCAGGGAUCAAGGUGAUCUACGACCUGGGCGUCUCCUUCAUCCUCAUCCUGCUGGUUUGGGCCGGCUGUGCGGGCCUCGUCUUCUUCAAUUGCUUCUUCAACUGGCCCCUGGAGCCCUUCCCAGGCCCCGAAGACAUGGACUACACGGUGAAGAUCAAGUUCAGCUGGCUGGGCUUUGACCACAAGAUCACCGGGAAGCAGUUCUACAAGCAAGUGACCACGGUUGGCCGCCGCCUCAGUGUGGGCAGCUCCAUGAAGGGCAACAAGGAGGCCACAGCCCUGCAGGAUGGCAACAAGCUCUGCUUCUCCACGGUGGACCUGGAGGUGAAGUGUGAGCCGGACAGUGCAGCUUCUCCAUCCUUCAUGAACAGCGUCUUCAGCCCCAUCCUGCUGCUCAGCCUGGUCACCAUGUGUGUCACGCAGCUCCGGCUCAUCUUCUACAUGGGGGCCAUGAAUAACAUCUUGGAGUUCCUGGUGGAGGGCGACCUGGAGACAGUGGGGCUUUACAGCUCCAUCUUCGGAGUCCUGCAGCUGCUCUGCCUCAUGACGGCGCCGGUGAUCGGCUACAUCAUGGACUGGAAGCUGAAGGAGUGUGACGACGGCCCUGAGGAGGCGGACAAGGGAGACACCAGACCCCCGGGUGAGAAAAAGAGACCUCGGGACCGCCAGAUCCAGAAGAUCUGCAACGCCACCCGGGCUUUCGCUUUCACCAACGUGCUGCUGGUGGGCUUUGGGGUCACUUGCCUGAUCCCCAACUUGCCUUUGCAGAUCCUUUCAUUCAUCCUGCACACCAUCGUCAGAGGCUUCAUCCACUCGGCGGUCGGGGGUCUCUAUGCUGCUGUGUACCCAUCCACGCAGUUUGGCAGCUUGACCGGGCUGCAAUCUCUCGUCAGCGCCCUCUUUGCCCUCCUGCAGCAGCCCCUUUUCUUGGCCAUGAUGGGCCCCCUGGAAGGAGACCCCCUCUGGGUCAAUGUCGGGCUGCUGGGGGUGAGCAUGCUGGGCUUCUGCCUGCCUGUCUACCUCAUCUGCUACAAGCGGCGCCUGGAACGGGUGAAGCAGCAGAAGCACGACGAUGCCCAGCUCUUCCUCAAGAUCAACGGCACGCCCAGCGAGGAGGCUUUUGUCUAGAGAUGUGUUUGUCUAGAGACUGGUUGGGGGAAUGCUUCCCCCCCAUCCUGAGGCCCCAGAGAAGCCCCCCAGCACAGCUCCCAUCUCACGGGCCUUGCUUUGGAUUCAAAAGCCACGCCACCAUGCCUCUUCCGUGGCACCACCCUGCUGUGGCCUCCCUUGCCCACAGUCUCUGGUGCUGGCCUCAGAGACGCCUAACUCAAUACGGGUCUUGGUUGCUUUGCAAAGGGAAUGCCCCCCUACUCCCCCACAUUCUGGUGAUCUAGCCCUUCCUGGCAGACACCUGCACGACACACGCACAAGCACACAGGCAACGGCUUGGCUUGUGUCUGUGCAGGACAUAGACUCUGGCCUCCCUCCCCACCUGCCUGUUCUCCCAUCCUGGGUGAUGGCUUCCAGCCACUCCCCUGGUCAUCUUGUAGGACCCUGCUGGUCCCUCCGGACUCUGCAGCUGCUGGCCGAGGAGGAGCAAGGAGAGUAUUCAGUUUGCCUGCAUCUUGCAUUUGUCGUGGGGAGGAGAUGUGGCCCCCACCUUCUCUGCAGAUUGAGGACCAGCUUGACAAAAGCUGGGGGUUGCAGUGUCUUGUCCCCCCCCUUUGAACGUUUUGGGGGAUGACCGAAGAGGGGCAGCUUUGCACAGGGUCGCGCAGGCAUCUUGGCUGCAGUGGGAAUUAACCCCAAAGUCUCAACUAUUAGGGGCAGACUGAGGGAAGGAGAUGCCCCAAAUCAUGACCUGGGCUGAGGCGCACUGCCUCCUGCCCUGCCAUCCCCUGCCCGUGUCUAGCUCCGCCAAAGGCAGGUUCAGCCUCCUGGUUCCUGGCACAGCAACUGCCGCCCUCUGGUGGUGAGAAUCCUCGUAGGCAGGGUACUGGUUCCCUUGCAGCAGCCAUUGGGGCGGGUGGGGUGUGUGGCCAAGAUGCCACAGGCAGAUUGCACUGUCUUGUCUCUCAACAUCAAAAAAACCAAAAAAAAAAAACAAAAAAAAACCAACCCAAAACACUACUCUACUUUGUAUUUUUUACUCUGAGCAGCCAGAAGGCUGACCUGGUAGGAAGUUUGGUCAAGGUGUUCCCCUUGGAGGCCAGAAGUGCUGCAGCGAGGCCAGAGUGGCUCUGGGGCUGGCUACGGAGCUAGGACUGGUGAGCCACAUCUUCCUUGGGCCCUUUCCGUGGCUGCACCUUGGUGCCAGCUGAGGCUUGGGGCUUGUCUGCCCUGCUUCCCUCCCAAAGAGGUAGAGGAAGAAACAACCAGCUCCCAGAAUGGGGCUUCUUCCCUCUUGACUCAACUGUAGCCUUGCUUAUGCAGAGGAAAGAAGGCCGGACUUGCCUAACACUGUACUGGGGUUGGCAGCUUCCAGAUCAGCUGCCAGGUCAAGCCAUGGCACAGCUUGUUUUUCACAGAGGGCAUAUAGAAGAAAGCAAUGAUCCCGCUCUGUUCUCACAUCUCCCACAAAUGCUGAGCUGAGGACAGGCAAGUGCCCUUGAAGCGUGUGCCAAGUGCCAAUGAGGCAGCAAACCCUGGUUUGGCCAGGAGGGAGGCUGAAGGCAUGGAAUCCGUAGCCAGGCAGCGGAAAAGGAGGCCACAGGGAAGCAAACGGCCGUCCUCAUUGGUGUUUCGCUCUAUUGGGGGCACACUGAGGGGCCGACAAGGCCAGAGGGUGCAGCAUUUGGCUGAUGCUUCUGGCGCCUUCAGCCAAGAGUGCCAGGAGGCUGGGCAGCAUGGCUACAGUGGGCUCUGGGUAACCCAUUGGUACACCCGUCACAUUAAUACCUGAUGCAGAUGGUUGGAAGGAGUGAGCAGUGAGAACGCAGCCCCCUGGGAUCCCUGCUCUUGCCAGACCCAAAGGAGCUGCAGGCCAAACGCAUCGGAGGUGACCUGUAGUAACCCGGAUGCAACCCAAAGGCAAGAGCACUAACAAAGGGGAUGCCUCAGGGCCAAAUAGCUAGAACCCCCCCCUGCAACCCUAACCUUCUGCCCUGCCCAGCAAUCUGUACCUGCUCUGUGCCCACCUGGUCCCUGCUGCAGCUCUCGUCCACCUUAACCCCAUAGCUGUCUGGAGUUAGAUUCCUCCUGGUACUCUGCCAGCUCACAGGAGAAAGAUUCGUGAAACCGAAGGCCUGAGAAGCACAAGUGGGGGCAGUGAGUGGGUGUGGGUUGCCCCUCUGGGGCAGCUUCUGUAUGCAGACCCAAGAGAGGCAGGCAAGAUGAAGCCCUGAGGCCUAAGCUGACCAUUCCCUCUGGCUCAAUUGGCCAAGAGGUUUUGCAGGCUUUCUGGAGGAGGGGAGAUAGCAGGCCCUCACCUAGUCGUUGUGCAGGGCCCAGUCCCGUCCCCCCCCCCCGUCUGCUCAGCACCCUGUUGCUGAGGUGGGUGGAAGGUGGCCAAGGGUGUUCCAGGCUCAGAGUUUUCCCUGCACCUUUGGCUGCUGCCCCCUCUGCCUCUGCUACCCUUGUAGAAGGCUGCAUUGGCCCAGCCAGUUUCUCCUUGCCUCUGGUCACUUGGACCUGGAACCUUAGCCUUGUGGUAGGUGGUUCUCCAAAGGCUUGGCCCCCUGGUGCACAAGGUUUUCUCUUCUGGGAGACCCUCACACCCUGGCUUCUAAAGGCCUUUUUCCUUGGAUAUCGCUACAGUCCUAGAGUGGAAGCCAUGCAGGGCCAGGCCAUGGCCUCCCAUGCUGCAGUGGGAGAGGGGGGGCUGUGCCAACCUUCUUACCCUGUGCAGAAUUGCUUUCCCAGCCAGGCCAGGAGAGGAGUACCCUGCCUGCUAAGGUCCCACCAAUGGGUCUGUGAGUUUGGGGACUUCUUUGGUGGGCUUAUGGGCUGGCUUUUCUUUGGGACCUGAGGCCAGCAACCUCAGUGCCCCUUGCUAUUUCCUCACGCAGCCACCACUCUAGGUUGGGAGAAGGGGACUGUCCCAGAGACCUCCAGGGCCUCUGAGCCUGAGGGAAACUUCAAAACAUCUCUAUGGUCCCAGAGUACCACCCAAACCACUACAUCACACUGAGCAAACCUUUGCUCUGCAAGGACUGAAUGUGGGUCAGCAGGCCUCUCCCCCAUCUGCCAAAGUGAAAUCCCUCCCUUAGAAAUGAAGUGGGUGGUUCAGCCUCAGCAGGCAAGCUCAGGAGAUGCUCUGGGACACAGCAAGCUACAGAGGUUACAGGAAUAGCUGAGCCGUAAUAGCUCAGGCUGUUAGAAGCCUGUUAUUAGAACACAGCAGCCUGCAAUUAGUGCAGGUUCAAGCCCGGCCCGAGGUUGACUCAGCCUUCUAUCCUUUAUAAGGUAGGUAAAAUGAGGACCCAGAUUGUUGGGGGGGCAAUAAGUUGACUUUGUAAAAUAUACAAAUAGAAUGAGACUAUUGCCUUAUACACUGUAAGCCGCCCUGAGUCUUCGGAGAAGGGCGGGAUAUAAAUGUAAAUAAUAAUAAAAAAAAAUAACCAUUGGAAGGGACUUGGAGGUCUUUAGUCCAGCCCUCUGCUCAAACAAUCUGGACAAAAGAUUGUCCAGUCUCUUAAAAACCUCCAGUGUUCAAGCACACACAAUUUCUGAAGGCAAGCUAUUCUGCUGAUUACUGUAUUUUUCGGAGUAUAAGACGCUCCAGAGUAUAAGACACACAUUAGUUUUUGGGGAGGAAAAAAAAAAAUUCUGCCUCUGCUUACCAGGUUCCAUUGGUAUUCAUCUGGCUAGCAUUCUUGUAGCAAACAGCCUGGCCUGCUUCAGCACAUUAUUGCCGCCUGAUUCAGCACUAGCAGCUGAUUGGCAGUUGGAUCAGCCUCCUGGAAUACCGUCAAUCAGCUGUUCCAGGCUUCAGGCCACAGCCCACCGCCGCCUCCAUGCAUAGCAUUUUUGGCCUCCACGCAUUGCGUUUUUGGCCUCUGCAUGCUCUGUUUUAGACCUGUUCCAGGCGCUUGGGAUCACCACAGCACAUCAGUGCCGAUUGAUGCCUCCACGCAUCGUGUUUUUGGCCUCCGCAUGCCCCAUUUUUGGCCUUUGUGUGUCACGUU